CCAAGUUCGCCAAAAAGCACGAGCUGGGCAAUCCCAUUGCUGGAACUUUCUACCAAGCCCAAUACGACGACUAUGUUCCAAAACUGCACAAGCAACUUUCGGAGAAUUGAUUCGGGUUUUUGUGGCUCUCUAAGCUCAUCCAGGUGGCAUAUAAAACCGCCAAUAUUCAGGAGGAGCUGAUUCAGUCGGCGGCGAAUCUCGAUUGGCAGCAGUGGGUGCUAUCCGGUGAGCAUGUCGAACUUCAGUGCCUGCGCAGUGUGCGGCGAUCAGAGCUCCGGGAAGCACUACGGCGUGGCCUGCUGCGAUGGAUGCUCGUGCUUUUUCAAGCGGAGCGUACGGCGCGGCAGUACCUACGCCUGCAUCGCUCUGGCCGGGAACUGUGUGGUGGACAAGGCACGAAGGAACUGGUGCCCUUCCUGCCGCUUUCAGCGAUGCCUGGUCGUCGGAAUGAACGCAGCCGCUGUUCAGGAGGAGCGCGGACCGCGCAACCAGCAGGUGGCUCUGUACCGCAGUGCCCGAAGACAUGCUCCGCCAUCUCAGCCCGCGUCAACCCAGACGCCCCACACCCAGGCGCUGCACUUCCAGAUCCUUGCCCAGAUCCUUGUCACGUGCCUGCGACAGGCGAAGGCCAACGAGCAAUUCGCACUACUAGAUCGCUGUCAGCAGGACGCCAUCCUGCAGGUGGUAUGGAGCGAGAUCUUUGUGCUGCGAGCGUCCCACUGGUCGCUGGACAUCAGUGCCAUGAUCGAGGGCUGCGGCGAUGAGCAGCUCAAGCGACUCAUCUUCGAGGCCCACCAACUGAGGGCUGAUGUCUUGGAACUCAAUUUUUUGGAGUCCCUAAUCUUGUGCAGAAAAGACUUGGCCAUCAGUCCGGAGUAUGCCGUUGUCCUGGUAAGCCACUCCAAUGCCGCCUUGAUCUCCUUGGCCCGUUACACCCUGCAGCAAUCCAACUACAUGCGCUUUGGACAACUCCUCCUUGGCCUCCGGCAGCUCAGCUUGAAGCGCUUCGACUGCGCGCUAUCCUGUAUGUUUCGCACCGUGGUCAGGGACAUCUUGAAAUCCCUAUAGGCUCCAGUCUAUUUUACCCCUUCAAAAUUGAAGAAAAUCAUAGUAUUAAAGAGGGAACAGAAA